UCUGCCCCAUCACCCAGCCCAGAGGGCGUGCCUAACCUAGCCCCUCCGCCCUCUCUCUGUCUUGGUCUCAGGACACUUCCGGGACCACGAUGAACUCGCUGGUUUCUUGGCAGUUGACGAUUUUCCUCUGUGCCGUCUCCUUCAGGGAGACAUUAGAAAAGGCGACGCCCAUGGAGAACCCUAGAGCCACAGGCCCGCGGCUCAGACCUCCGGCGCUCCUGGCCUCCGGGGCGCAGAGCCCGCGGUGCGCGGAGAGGAAGCCCGCCGCUGCCGGGCCGAGCCCUCGGGGGGCCUCGCUGUGCCCUCCACCCGAGAGCUCCGCUGGGCCCCAGCUGCCGGGCCUGUGCGCCCCCCGCAGUCGCCUGAUCCCCGCCCCGCGCGGCGCGGUGCUGGUGCAGCGGGAGAAGGACCUGUCCGCCUACAACUGGAACUCCUUCGGUCUACGUUACGGAAAGCGACACACUGCGCCGCCCGGCAGCCGCGGCCAAGGCGCCGGGCGGGGCUGAGCGCGGAGGUGCGGCCUUAGACCUUCCAAAUCGG